AAUUAGAUUCCGUUCAUCGAGCGUAAUUCGUCGUUAAUUUACAUCAUACGCGUUUUAGCGUUGUAUCAAUUUGUAUUCUAAUUUCAAGUAAAAUGAUUGAAAUGGCGUAAAAUGAUCACGCGUCACGGUCCAUCGGGAAUCUAAUUGAAACGAGAUUAAUAAACGAGGAUCGUUAAUCUCUCUUAACUCUACUGGCACGCGAAUAUUUAAUACAUAACUCGCUUUGAAUUAUUUGUUCGUCGCAAUUAUUACAAAUAUAUAUAUAUAUAUACAUAUAUAUAUAUAUACAACUAUCACAAAGCAGUCGAACGUUUGAUCGUUUCAACUAACCUUUUUUAUUGCUUCAACGCUUCGUUCCAAGGCUCUGGUUAGUUUUUUGUGAGCAACCUAGACAACCGUUCGAACCGAAUAACGGUUGAAGAAAAAAACGUUUGACAAGAGAAAUAUAAGUAAUGCAACAGUAGAUAACAAGCAAGAACCGGAUUUUUAAAAGAGGAACACAAUCACAAUCACUUGCCCUCGAUUUCUUCGCUCCUCUCCAUGAGAAUAAUCAACAGUGCGAUUCAUUCUAAUUGGAAAAAUGGUGGAUAAAUUGGAAUGGUUAAAUAACGAAUUCGUGCAAAGGGUCCUCCAGUACAACGAGUACGACACCAGCAUCAAUGUAACGAAUAUAUCCGUGAAACCGGCGACCAGCAAAGGUGACAAUUAUGCCAGCGACAUGUAUAGGGUGACCGUGAAAUACACGCAGAAGGAGGGCAAGACCAGGGUCAAUAAGGAGACGUCGAUUGUGUGCAAGUUCGAGCCGUUGGAGGAGGACGCUCGAAAGGAAGCGAUCAUGUCAAUGGGUAUCUUCGAGAACGAAAUCUUCAUGAUGUCGAAUUCGCUACGAAAGAUGCAACAAAUGUUGGGCAGUCGGCUGGGAGCAAAUGUACUUUACUUUAGAAUGGAACGGCCGAUUUGUUUGAUGUUAGAAGACCUUGCUCGUCUAGGAUUUCGUAUGGCCGAUCGUUUCAGUGGUUUAGAUUUCGAUCAUUCCAAGCUAACUCUUCAAAGCUUAGGCAAAUUUCACGCAGCGUCGGUCGCACUGUGCGAGAAGGAACCCAAGCUAAAGACUCUAUACCAAAAAGGGAUACUGUACGAAGGAAUGCCGACCGAAUUCAGAUUCUUCUUCGUCUCCGCAAUUAAAGCUCUUGGAGAUGAUUUGGCAAAUUGGCCGCAAGACGUGAAAAGGUAUCAGAAUAAAGUUAAGAAAUUCGCCGAAGUUGUUUACGACCGUGGUUUGGCGGCAUUGCGACGAAACGACGACGAGUUCAACGUUAUUAAUCAUGGUGAUUCCUGGACGAACAAUAUGAUGUAUCGAUACGAUGAGAAUUCAAAGCCUGUCCAGCACGUGUUUGUGGAUUACCAAAUGUCUAUCUACACUUCACCGGCGAUCGACCUGCUCUACUUUUUGAACGCGACCGUCCAAAACGAAGUGAAUACCGAGAGUCUGCUCGAGGAAUACGUAAAUACGUUGACCAGCACCAUGAAGAGGCUAGGUUGCAAAACGACACCACCCACGAUAAAGGAUAUAAAAAAAUAUAUGAGGGAAAGGAUAGCAUGGGGGAUGUUGGCCGCGGCUACCGUAUUACCAUUCACCCUGAUGGAUAAGUCCCAGGUGGUGAGUCUCGACGAGCUGAUCAAGAGAAAGGACACGUUCGAUUAUCCCGGGACCAAGAAUCCGAUGUAUCGGAAGGUGAUGGCCGAGAGAUUAGUGAAAUUCGAAGAAGCAGGCGUGUUUGAUUAAUUCGAUAUGGAUUGAAGCUGUGUCUUGUUUAAAACUAAUUAAAAAGGAACGAAUUAAUCGCGUACGAUACAAUGAUCCUUUCUCUAUAAAUGAUAUAUGCUCUCGUGAAAAAAAACGAUAUACACCACCAUAUCUACGAAAAUAUUUAAAUUUAAUUGAUAAGAUACGUUGAUACGCAUAGCGUAGCAAGAACGAUCUAUUAUCUUACGAACUCGUUGAUCAUCGUUAUUUUUUUCUCUUUGUUAAUUAAAUUUGAUAAUUGUACAUAUUUAUCACGGUAUUUUAUAUGAAAACGAUACUCUAGAAAUUAUGUGCUACAUCCUUUGGAACAAUUUUCGUAUGGUUACAUCGAAUGAGAACAAAAGAUGAAACGAGAGAGAGAGAGGUUCAUUCGACUAACACACCGCGCACAAUAAUUUUGAAUAUAUUCAACAUUAUAGACGAAUUAUUUACACGUAGCGUAAUUACCGAUUAAUCAAACGACUAAUUAAAACAAAAUAAUUCCGAUUCGUUAACGAGAUCAUAGGUUAUUUCUUAUAAUUUAAUCGAAUUUCGAUAAAUAUACUUAGCUAGAAACUCACCAAAAACCAAAGUUCAAUUAUGUUUCGUAGGCGGCAUAGAGAAUAAAAGUCUUAGAUUUAAUAUCCACGCGCGAGAUCACUUGUUCGCGCAUUUCACGAAAUAUUUUAUACAUGUGUUUUUCGUCUAUCAGACGUCCACCAAUCGAUGGUACAAAUUUAGCAAAUUAUUAUAUAUAUUGUAUAUUAUAGAACCAUUUAUAAUUAACAAGGUAUUAACCAAGAUCCAUGUGAUUUAUAACCAAUUUUCGUUACUUGUAUUUACCAAUUUUCAACGUGAGAAAUAAAUUUAUUUCUCGCGUUGACAAUUGUUCUCGCAAGUAUUGUAUUGUUAAAUAUGAAAGGAAACGAGGAAAAAGAAGAAGAAGAAAAAAAAAGAAUAACAAAUAAAAUGAACGAACGAAGCACAAA